AUGCACUUAUUUAACGCCCUCCCAAACGCUGUGAAGGAUAAAAAGAAUACGGCCCCCAAUUUCUCAACAAAUAUAAUUGAAGCCAAUUCUGAAGCCAUAUCUUUGCAAGAAAGAAUCGGGCGUGCGGGUCCUCGCUGGUCUUUUCUCGUAAGACGCACCAUCUCAUGCUUCCACCAACAUCUUUCCUCUUAUGGGUCAUUUGGUCAAGCGUUUUGCAGAAAAAUACAUUGUGCGUCUAGCCACCGGCUGGCUUCAGAAUCGGCUUCACCAAUGUUUGUUGAGAAAUUGGGGGCCGUAUUCUUUUUAUCCUUCACGGCGUUUGAGAGGGCGUUAAAUAAAUACAUGAAGAAUAACCACGUGGUAUUUGCACUAAUUGAAACCCCACAGCUGUUAUGCUUUACGAAUGGGCGCACUAAAACGCUGCAGGCGGUCUGCAACGCAAACGGAAAUUCGAGAAAUCCGAAGAAACUACCCAUAAGUUUUCUUGAUCGCUGCAAGAUCGGCUUGCGGUAUAUCGACCACUGA